CCCACCCCCCGUCCUCCCCAGUGUGCCCACAUUGCGAUGUGCGGUGGGGUGUUGUGACGCUGCAUCGUCCGCCACCCUCACGUCUUUCUUUAACUUAAAAACCCUUAUUUUAACGUUGUUUUCGUUGUUCUACUGGAACAGCCAGCCACCUAAUCUUGUAUGACUCGUUCACUAAGGAGUUCGUUUUACUGCUCACUUUUCUAACUCGUCUAAAACCAGCACCAUGAACGUAGCAGCGAUGCAGCGAACUGGCACUGAGACCUUCGGCACGUCCGGGAUGCUUCGAGGCUGUCGCUGUGACUGGCCAUAUCUUCUCUUCUCUGACCUGACCCAUGAGGAGCAGCAGCUGCUGGCAGAGAUCCGCCAGCGCAAGACGGAGCUGCUCCGGGAGAUCCAACAGCUCAAGGACGAGAUCGAGGAGGUGACGGCCGAGAUGGAGCGCCUCGAAGCGCAGGAGGACGGCGGCUCUCGGACUUCCACCAAAGCCAAGCAGCUGUCCAUCGGCAAGAAGAAGUUCAACAUGGACCCCAAGAAAGGCAUUGAGUACCUUGUGGAACACGGACUACUCCGCCCAGACGCGGCGCACGAGGUGGCCCAGUUCCUUUAUAAGGGGCAGGGCCUCAACAAGACCGCCAUCGGAGAUUACCUCGGCGAACGCAACGACUUCAACAUGCGGGUCCUCGAUGCCUUUGUGGAGCUGCACGACUUCACGGACCUCAUCUUGGUCCAGGCACUGCGACAGUUCCUCUGGAGCUUCAGGCUUCCCGGCGAGGCGCAGAAGAUUGACCGCAUGAUGGAGAAGUUUGCCCAGCGCUACUGCCAGCUGAACCCGGGCGUCUUCAGCAACACGGACACGUGCUACGUGCUGUCGUUUGCAGUGAUCAUGCUGAACACGUCGCUGCACAACCCGAGCGUGCGCGACAAGCCGUCGGUGGAGCAGUUUGUGUCGAUGAACAGGGGCAUCAACAACGGCGGGGACUUGCCGCGGGAGUUGCUGGCUUCGCUGUACGACAGCAUCCGUCAGGAGCCCUUUAAGAUACCGGAGGACGACGGGAAUGAUCUAAUGCACACAUUCUUUAAUCCAGACCGGGAAGGAUGGCUCUGGAAGCAAGGUGGGCGCUACAAGAGCUGGAAGCGGCGGUGGUUCAUCCUCAACGACAACUGCCUUUACUACUUUGAGUAUACCACGGACAAGGAGCCCCGGGGCAUCAUCCCGCUGGAGAAUGUGCAGGUGAAGGAGGUGCAGGACCGUCACAAGCCCAACUGCUUCGAGCUGUUCUCGGUGGCCAAUGAGCUCAUCAAGGCCUGCAAGACCGACUCUGAGGGCAAGGUGGUCGAGGGCAAGCACACUGUCUACCGGAUGUCCGCAGCCAGCCCCGAGGAGAAGGACCACUGGAUACACUGCCUCAGGCAAAGCAUCAGCCACAAUCCCUUCUACGACAUGCUGUCUGCCCGUAAAAAGAAGGCCCAGUAUUAUAACCUCAAGUGACGCAGACAGUCCAUCCUUUCUUCCGUCGAGCCAUUCUAGUCACGGCUGUGUACAUACCGCAAUAAACUGCCCGUUGCAGGGCAAAGAUUCCUUUUUUCUUUA